AUGGAAUAGGAAAUAGAACAAGUUUAGAAGAUAUAGCCAGUGGAGUAAGAGGAGUAGCAGACUCAAGAACAGGAGCAAAGCAACAACAAUCUAAAGGUACCAGAACCUAAGGAUGAUGAUGAUGAUUUUUAAGAUGAUUUAAACAAGUCUUACGAGUCUAUGAAGAGUGAUGAGAAAGACCCAUUGCAUUACAAUAUUGAUUCUGACAAUGAACCACCAACAGACACAGUAGGAGAUAAGAUUACUGUAAUUAAGAAGGGUCAAGCCAUCAAGGAGAUUUUAGAGGUAGGAGAGGGUCUAGGAAAGCCUGGAAGACCUUAUGAGGUUCUAAUUAGCUACGUUGGCUACUUCCAUGAUAAAGUAGAGUUCUGUAGACAAGAUGAGCCUAUACGAAUGGUUUUAGGUGAUGCUGCAUAUCCUCACGGGCUUUGGAAAUGUAUCGAACAUAUGAGAAGAGGCGAGAAAGCUAAAAUCAUGAUUAAACCUAAAUGGGCAUUUAAACAUCCAGAAUAUUAAGAAUAUCUAAAUUUCCCACCAGGAUGGGAUGAGGGAGAAAAUAAAGAGAUUCUUAAGAAAAGAAGAGUUUAUUAUGAAGUCAAGCUUUAUGACUGGAUAGUUAGGCAUGAUUUGAAUGCUGAUGGCAUGCUGAUAAAAACCGUUCAUGAUAGAGGAGUAGGGUAUGAUAGGCCUUUUGAUUUUGACGAACUUACUCUUGACCUAAAACUAUACCAAAUAAUAGAUGGAUAGGAAGUAGUCUAUCAAAGGCUUGAGAAUUAAGAGACACUGAUGUAUAACAAAGAACACAUAUCCUACACUGUGAAGAAGAUUCUAUAGUCCAUGAAAACAAAGGAAAGAGUAUCCUGCUUAGUCCGACCAAAAUUUUUAUUAGAAAAGGAUUAAGAACUAGUUCAUAAAUAUGGAAUAUUGACAGAUAGAGUUUUGCAUGUUGAUAUUGAUAUGAAGGAAUUAGUUAGAGUGGAAGAUCUUUACAAGGACUAGACUACAUUUUAUAAGACUCUAAAGAAAGGCUUUGGAACUGCUUCACCCUAUAUGGACUGUCUAGUUGCUCUUAAGGUGAAGAUUGAAGUUGAUGGAGAAGUCAAGUUUAUCCACAAUAACUUUGAUUAGCUAGAUUACACAGUUUUGAAGAGAGAAACAAACGCAGACGACGAGGAGGUAGACGUUUAGGAGCCAAUAUUCCCUGAUAAUGAAUUUGAAAGAUUCGAUCUCGAGGAUUACACUGUACCCUCUAUUAUUAGAAAGAUACUGAAAACUACUAAACUCAGAGAAGUAGUUUAAGUCAGAACAAUCAGAAGAGACAAGUUUGAGAACUACUUUGAUGAUAACACCAAAUGCUUCAAGAAGGAGCAGCUCUAGUCCUUCUAGAAAGAGUUAGUUAUCACCUUCGCCUUGCUAGGCUUCCAGCAAAAAGACUACAUCUUUAAGCUCCUGAUAUCAGAGAAGGUCGAGAGAUUCAAUUACUUGAAGUCCGUGGCCACUAAGUUCUACAAGCUUGGAAACCUCAAGAAAGCCUUGAAAAUUUACCUUAAAAUUAACGCCUACUUCAGAUCUAAGGACGCCAGAAAUAACUUCCAAAAGGAAGAUGAGUAAUAGCUGGAAUUCAGGGACAACAAGGAUGAACUCAGCAGCAUUAGCAAGGUUAUUCUCACUAAUAUAAGCAUCAUUCAUUUGAAAAAGAAAGACUACAAGGAAGUGGUCAAGUAUGCUGAUGAUGUAAGUCUAAUUAACCAUUAAUCUUAAUAGGCCCUGGAAGUUGAUCAUAAAUACUCUAAAGCCCUUUUCCUGAAAGGUAGAGCUUUGGUGGAGAUGACUGAGUAUACUCAAGCAAUCGAAGUCUUCAAGGAUCUUUUGGAGUUUGAACCAGAAAAUGAAGAGGCUUAGAAGGAAUUACAGAGAGUGGAGACUCUAUACAAGAAGUACUAAGAUAAAGAAACCAAGAUGUUCCAAAAGAUGUUCUCUUAGUGA